UUUUUUUUUUAUGUUAUUCGUUGUAUAAAAUUAUAGAAGUGUUAAAAGUGUAACAUUGGUGGCCAUUACAAAACCUAAACUUUUUUUAUCAGGACAAAUGUCCAUUUGAUGUUUCGGCGACGUUGUGACUAAUCCAUGGAUUGCUGUUUAAAAAUUGCGUAUCUGGCUUUCUCAUAAUCAUAUUUGAGUUCCCAUAAGUGCUGUGAUCUUGGCCAUUGUGGGUUUUGGUAGGAAAUUAUUUCAAAAUGUUCUGUGCCGACUGAUAAUUAGGGUUGACUUCCUUCAACGAACUGUCAAUUUUUACUUUUCUUAAUAUAUUGAACUGGAGAACGUUAAUUAACGUUUUGCAUUUCUUGUGAAGACGCGAGUGAUUAGAGACAUCUCUACGGCUUUGUAAUAGUACUUCAAGAAGCAACACCCACAUAGCUUGUUGUUACUCUUCAAUGAACAUAACAUUGGCACGGCGACCUCUAUUUUACUCUCGUUCUCUUUAAAUGUAAACCACGAUAUUAUUAAACAUGUGCAUUCAUCUGUGGUUUAUGAGCCAGGAUAAAUAAAAAUUUAUAUUUUCUUUUACAAAUUACAAGCAACUCGCCGAAACAUUCCAUAAUGUGCGUUUCGUGUUUGCAGUUAAACAAAAAUGAUUUUGAGGUAAAUUAAUUAAUAGUGUAGUGAUCAUAGUGUUGGAAGACCCAAAAAAAUAGCAAUAAUUAAAAGUGACCCCUUGUGGUUUGGUGGAGUGUCUGUUGUGGCAUGGAGAGUGAAUGCCUCUGUGUGCCUUCAUUGGAGCUGUGGUGACAUGGGCUGCAUCGCCGUGGCCCCUGCUGACGGUGAGCUCUGGGAGUGAACGGGAGUGUGGGGCUUAGGGCCUGCACAAAACGUCUAAUAUUAUGAAUAAACGUGAGAGCACCAAGGACAAAGAACGUCAGAGUGACGAUAAAAGAACUUCCACCGCUACCGGUGCGGUGGGUGGGCGCGGCGUUGGUGGCAGCAGCGCGAUGCACACAUCAAGGCACUCUGUCACCUCGUCUUCGGGCGUCCUUAUGGUCGGGCCCAAUUUUCGAGUCGGCAAGAAGAUCGGUUGUGGCAACUUCGGUGAACUUAGGCUUGGAAAAAAUCUCUACAAUAACGAACAUGUAGCGAUUAAAAUGGAGCCUAUGAAAUCGAAGGCUCCUCAGUUGCACCUAGAAUACCGAUUUUACAAGUUACUAGGCACUCACGCGCCGUCGUCAGCGGAGGGCAUUCCAGAGGUAUACUACUUCGGGCCGUGCGGUAAAUACAAUGCACUGGUGAUGGAACUGUUGGGACCAUCGCUGGAAGACUUGUUUGAUCUGUGCGGCCGUCGAUUCUCUCUAAAGACUGUCUUAAUGAUCGCCAUGCAGUUGUUACAUCGCAUCGAGUAUGUCCACACGAGGCACCUAAUAUACCGGGAUGUAAAGCCGGAGAAUUUUUUAAUAGGUAGAACAGCAACUAAAAGGGAAAAGAUUAUUCACAUCAUUGAUUUUGGGCUGGCCAAAGAAUACAUAGAUUUAGAAACGAACAAACACAUCCCAUAUCGGGAGCAUAAAUCACUAACCGGAACCGCGAGAUACAUGUCAAUAAAUACACAUUUAGGAAAAGAACAAUCAAGACGUGACGACCUAGAGGCUCUCGGCCAUAUGUUUAUGUAUUUUUUACGUGGUUCCUUACCCUGGCAGGGUCUAAAAGCUGAUACUCUCAAAGAAAGAUACCAAAAAAUUGGUGACACCAAGCGAGCGACACCAAUUGAGGUGUUGUGCGAGGGUCACCCCGAGGAGCUGGCGACGUACCUCCGCUACGUGCGCCGGUUGGACUUCUUCGAGACGCCCGACUACGACCAGCUCCGGCGAAUGUUCCGCGAACUGUUCGAGCGGCGCGGCUACGUUGACGACGGCGAGUUCGAUUGGACCGGCAAGACUAUGUCAACGCCAGUGGGCUCUAUACAGACUGGCCACGAGAUCGUCGUGUCACCCAAUCGCGACAGACAUCAGCCAUUUCACAAGGGGGCUGUGAAAGAUUCUGGCACCGGUGGCACCGCUAAUACGGGCGGCAACUGGCCCCAUAGCGGCAAAGCGACCCCACUCACGACCGGCCAUCUUACACCCGCGGACAGACACGGAUCCGUUCAGGUGGUGAGUUCGACCAACGGGGAGCUGGGGGCCGAUGACCCCACGGCUGGGCAAAGCAACACCCCCAUCACCCAGCAGCAGCACGAAGUCGAUGUGAUCGACGACACCAAGCAAUCCGUCUAUUCCAGGUGCUGCUGUUUCUUCAAGCGCAAAAAGAAGAAGUGCGCGGCGCGAGCGGGCAAGUGACGCGAGCGUACGUGACCCGCCCCCGCGCCCGCGCCCGCCCCCGCCCCCGCCCCCGCUCCCGCGACCGCUCAUACCAUACACCGCGCCCCCUCCGCACCGCGCCCGCCCUCCUGCCACCGGCGUUCACACGCGUAAGCGUAAACCUCUUCAUACGGCCCACAGACAUAGAUAGAAAUAGACUACACUAUUGAAGCUAUUAAAACAACAAUAAAACGUCAAUGACCUGAAUCUGUCAACUGUCAUUUUGAAAAGUACGAUCUGUAGGAAAAUAAUUUUGCCUACCUCUAUAACUUUUUUUUUUAUAAUAAUAAAUCUCUGAAUUACAAAAAUAUUCUACUAUAUCUUAGUUUAUUUAUUUGACAGCUAAGAUAUGGAAGAAAUGUCCCAGUAUGUAAAUAACGUUGAUUCUAUUUAUAUUUCGAUUGCACUUAAAUUAAUCUGUAAGUUUUUUAAGUCAAUAAAUAAUCUCAACUCUACUAUAAAUUUUAUGUGGAAACUCCGAACCGUAACUUAACUGUGGUAUACAAGUAGAUUCUUUUAAAUGUACUUAGUGAAAAUGUUAGCAUGUGAAGUACAGUUACGUUAUCUAUUUAUAUCCAUGUCUGUGAUAUUGCCGCACUGGUGAAACUCGAGAGAGUUUAUAUUGUAAAUCUGGAAACGUCUGUAUUACAUGUCAAAAUUCUCUUGUUGUCUAAACCAUGUACUUGCAAUAUACGUGUGUAUGUAUUGUUAUUUAGUUGAUUAUGACAAUUAUAUCUAGUUAAAUUUAAAAACCUGAGCAGCGGAGGUAAACUGAUUGUCCCUCUUCUGGCCAGGCCAUUAAGUAUGAUGAAUGUUUCAAGGCAAUUGUAGAAACCUUUUUAAAGAUCACUCAGAAAUAAUGAAAUUUGUUUUUGAUAUUUGACACAUAAUAUAGAUGUUGCAAGAUGUCAGUGUGACUUAACCAACUACUAAUAUAUACCAUGUAAGUGACAGUAAAGGAAAACUGUGGAAAUAAAUAGGAAACGUUCGUAUCGACGCACCGCUAGAUCUAAUCUGCUUUAGCGUGAUAAGUAUCACGGUUUCAGGAGUUUGUUUAAACAACUUACUUUAUCACACUUCUACACUUGGAUCAACUUAAGAUUAUAAUAUGGCAAUGUGGAUAAUUUAUUAGAUAUUGUCAUAGAAAACGUGUUCUAAGUUUGGUCUUAGGGUUACCUCAGCGUCAAAGUAGCCAAUUCUAAUUUAUUACUAAAUAUCUACACAACUGUGAAGUCUGUAAACAUACAAAAGGUUAAUUUAAUAAAUACAGUUCAUAAAUGGAUUAAAGUUAAAUGUUAUGUAGUAAGUAACGACAAUACAAUCGUCUGAUUCUUUAAAUAAGUGGCAAAUAAUUAUAUCGUUAUAUACGUUUACGUUACAUAAAAAGUAGAAGACCUUGAAUGUUGCUGUCUUGUUCUACAUCAUGCAUUCAGCAACAGAAACCUAAUUAUAACUCCAUUUGCCAUUGAUCUAGGAGGUUGGUUACAUAAAUAUAUUACAGAAAAUUAAAAGAAAUAUGUAUGGAAUAAUUUCAUAUAUUUCCUGGAUAAACCUGCCGAUGUUUUUCAACGUGACAAUCCUGAAACAAAAAUUACAGUAGUCCCUCUCAAUUUUAUGUUCUAGUUGUAACUCAUGGGUUUGUUCGUGUGAAUUUCUUGUGAAUUUCUCACAAUAGGUAAAUUGAUUUGACCUCAUCAUCCUUUGCUAGUACUCCGCCAGUGUAUACCGAUAACGCUAGCGAGGUUACCAUUCCAAUGUAAUUCAAAUCCGUGAUUGAACACCAUCGAGUAACAAAUAUCCAACAAUUGGAACGACAUCUUUACAAACUAUCACAUUUAUAAAGAAAUAAAUUUCAUACUAACAACUCUAGUAGUUUUAGAGAUGUUAGUAUGUCAUCGACUUAGAGUUUCAACGACUACUUAUAAGUUUCAAUUUUAUUCGGAUUGUCAAAUAUAUUUAAACGUUUCGACUUUUGGAAAUUGUUUUACUGAUUUAUUUAAAUGUAUUAACAUGUAUAGUUAGAUAUCAAACUGGUUUAUUUAAAAUUGUAUAUAUUAUAGUUUGCUUCAAUUAAUAAAAAAAAAAAAUGAACAAAACAAAAUUAAUGAAAAGGUAACAAAGUUUUAUUGAAAUUAGCACAGAAACACUCUCUAAAGGAAAUUAGUAACAAAUCGAUAUAUUUAAUCGAUUUAUCGGUUUGUACUACUAAAAGACAUCACUAUCCUAUGGUUUAGAGGUCAAUUAUUCGUUUAUUUAUAUUUUUGUUAAGUUCUAUUGAAAUAGACAAUAUUUAUAGCACAAGAAAUCUAGACCAAUUCUAAUCUGCAUUGUGAACUAAUAAAUAGUAUUUUAUAGCCCACUUUAUGUUUGCAGACGUCCGGUUGAUAAAUCUAUGAAUAAAUUGUUUUCGUGCACUGUCGAUACGUUAUUGCAAGCCAAAGAAAUAUGUUAAUCGUCCUUGCAACAAGUAUCGAUUCUGGAUAUGAAAAAUAAAUGUUAUUUGUACCGACUACGAUUCCAAUUAUUGGAAGAUUUGUUUUGUAAAUAAUAUUUGUAUUAUUAUUGGUAUACUAAUUUGUAAUUAAUAAAAAUGAAUUCAUUUGAAGCAUUUACAGGAUUCUAACCUGUUUUCCUACGUUAUAGUUUGUAUAGUGUAUAAAUUUAGAUAAAAGUAGAAAGAUGUUUCCACUUGGUUUUAAAUAUCGCCUACUGUAUGAAUUGUAUCAAAGUAUCAAGUUAAUAAUCUAAUCUUGUAAACAACACAGCCCAUUCUUCAAUUAGGUUUUUCUUUUUAUAUAUUGAUUUAAUUUUUAUAUUAUAUUAUAUAUAUACGACAUAACAAUAAAACACAAUUGCUAUAUGAACUAUAACGGUUACUGUCGGGUUUUAAAGGUUUUUAGUGAUCGUUUAAAAGGCAUAUCACAUCAGUGUUGCCAUAACCAAACGAAAGACAGCUGCUAAAUUAUUUAGCUCCAUUUCUAACAGUUCUCGUUUGAAACUGCCAGUUUUGCGAUUAUUUAUGUAUUUGUGACAAAACUGUUAUUUAUGUUUGUUAUCUUAUAACUUUGUUAGUUAUAGACCGAUUUAGAAAAUUCUUAUUCUAUCUGAAAGAAUAUACUUACAAAUUGGUCCCAUAGAAAUUUUAUCAAAAUCGGUUCAGCUGUUAAAUAAGUUUCAAACGAAAAAUUGUUAGUAACUGAGUUACAGAAUCCAGUGGCAGAAUCAUAUGGGCGAAAAUUCUUCGAUAACGCGCGGUUUGCUAUCUGUUGUCAUACUAUUUUCCAUUGUUUUAAAUAGUAGUUAUCAACAGACAUUUGUAAUUGACAUUAACGUUGCUCUCUGCCGGGUGAUACACUUGCAUUUUGAUAGCAGCACGCCUCGAUCACAGAGCACUUCGAAUUAUCGGAUGUCAAUUAAUUUGCUAACAUAAUAUCGAUCAGUCGUACAACUUUACUGUCAAGUGUUGCUGUUUGUUUUAGUUGGUCGUUCGAUUUAUGAUAACUCGAUUAAAUUACGUAAUGUCGUACGAUUAAACAAUCGAGUUACAACACUAAAGGGUCUUAUCAAAUUAGGAGUAACAUUAUUUAUUUAUCGCCAAUGCCUACGACGGCCGGGUGCGGUUGGCAGAAUAUUUGUUUUGUGUUCCCGUCCUUAGCGAAAUAGUUCAUUUUCAUCGAAAUCACGAUAUCCCAUUUAUGACUUGCGGGACGCGACAUUACCUCGUCGCGGCGCGUCCCCCCUAUGGUGUCCAUUCCAACACAUAGCUCGAGCAAAUCUAUAGAUUUGUACAUUACUUCAUUACAUUAUUAUUCAGCUGUAGUUAUAAAAAUACUUAGUAGUCGUGUAUCGCUUUGUCUCAUUUAUAAAUGGAGCAGUGAAAUGUUAUUUUUGUACGUCAUUCGUUCACGUGAAUGUAUAUGAUUUUGUUACGUAAGUUUACUACCUUACCAUACCCUAGAGAGUAUCGUGACUACAUAAUAAAUUUAUGUGUGUUGUUAAGUCUGUUUCGUGCACGGUGCGUUGAAUAUUGCACACAAUAAGCGGAAAGUAUAUAUUGUUAAUAUAGGUUGUGAUGUAUGUUGGAUCAUAAGUCGAUUGCAUAAUGGCAACAAUUUAUUUUUAAUCAAAGAAAUAUGAUUAUACACGAAAGAGCAAUAGAUGCUGUGACACUGUUUUAUGUGUGAAACGUUUCUUAUUCGUGAGGUUUUAAUGAGCAAUUUAGUUAAAUUAUAUAUAUAUAUGUAUAAUGCGGCGUCAAUAUCGAUAUUAGAUAUUUCACAAUAUUUAUACGGGCAACAUUGGCCUCACGUGGUUGUAUAAGACGCCUCAAUUCGCAAUCAUAACUAUGCAGGUAAUAUUCAACACACCGGUUGUAUGCGUAUUUUAGAUUUUAACUUUAUUUAGUCAUUGUUUACUAAGUUCCGUUUGCGCGAUAUACAUAUGCCUAUUAUUAUGAUAAUUAUUUAAAUUGUCCCCCUUAUUGUAGCGAUGCUAAAUUUCCUAUCUUUAUUUAUGCCUAUAUUAUAAUUAUAGUUUUAAUAAAUGAGAUAACAACUAGUAAUUCCACGCAAUAAGUAGAGAACCUUUGUUCUUUAUCAAAUACUUAUUUUGUGACGAACAGUCGUUUUCCAGUAUGAAAGUGAAGGGUUCGUUGAUCACUGUGACAUAUUGACAUAUAUCGAUAUGUGAGGUCCGAUCCACACUAUUGUACCGGCCUCGGUCCGCUCUUGGUCUGCUAAAAUAUUAUUACGUAAGAAACAAUGGGGUCGAUUCUGAAAAUUUAUAUCUUAACCUAUUAUUUUAAUUUAAUAGUUUCACAAAAAUACUAUUUUAAGAACUAUCAUAAACUACACUUUUUAAUUUGACUUAAAUCUAUUAGCAAAAUAGUUCUUUAAAAUAAAAUUUUCGCUGUGAUGUCAAAUUGAAUGGCACCUCAGAAUCGGCUGCAAUCAAGUUUUUAUUAAUUCCAAUCUCGAACUUUGUGCUGACCAUACUGAGUCUGGAGCUAGUGAACCGAGACCGGCAUUGUAGCGAGGAUCCCGCCUAAAUGUUAUGUAUAACGUGCAAUAAUUUGUGUAGAAAUUCAUUACAAAAAUGUUAACUUGUAAUUCGUUUCAAUCGAUGUAACGCAUCGGGUCCCGAGUGAACUGACUACAUAGGUAUUCCUACAAGACUGAACGAAACAUUUCACCUGGUGCAAACAAGUAUGGGCUCAUGUCAAUUUGAUGUCGCUAAUCACUGUUGUUUCACUAUUAGUCUCGUGACUGAACAGUGCCGGCCCGUGGUUGGUUCUAGAACGGAGGAUAUGUAUAAAUAUUGGCGCCUUUUACCAAUUUUCAUUCUUCAUAACUACUCUGUUCAUGUGAGAUGUUCCGUUCACUGUAAUAACCGUAGGGCCGGAACUGUGACUUAUCAUUAUUUAAAUGUAUCAUGCUACUACGAUCACGGCCGUCGUCGGCGCAGUCAUUCCAAAGUAUUACGUCUGUUUACGUUGUUUUUAGUCAUUUGUUGUGCGGACGGCGGCCGUGCUGUGUCCACGGUGCAUAUUGACUAUUGGGGCUGAUUUCUGUAGUUUAUUUUUAAGAUUGGAGUCGGAUUGCGAAUAGACUGAGUUACGAAUGUCACACGCCACGCUCUGCAUAUACUUACUUGUAAUUUUAACAGCCGCAAACAGUGGCUGCGUUGGUGUAUAAAUUGUACAGCUUAGAGAAAACACAUUUGUAUAUUUUUGCUUGGUCUGGUGGCAUGGAUUCACAAGAGUGAUUUGUGUAUUAUUAAGAUUUUUAAAUGUCAUUCUAAUCAGCGUGAUGCUAUUCCUGUCAUUGUAGGAGAACAAAUGGUCGCUUGUACCGACAUGCUGAGGGUCGAUUUUGUUGUGAAUUCUUCAACGAGGCAUGCCUUAGUUUAUUAUCUCAGUAUAACGUCAGAAUUGGAUGACUGACUUAGCACCAAAGUUUAUAAUGCCUCGUUCGAAAUUCAAAAAUGUUAUUCACGUCAUACUUUACAAUAGUACCCACAGAUAGGGCAUUAUGCUGGUCGCACUAGCAUUUGAUAUUUUGUAUUAGUCACGGUUACAUAGUCGACACAUUAUAUCCCCAGCAUUAGAUUCAUUUUGGCUAAGUAUGAAUGUGUUUAUCGUAAUCAUCUUGUUGUGUCGUUUUCAUAUUUUUAGUGAAAAAAAAAAAUAGAUAAUGCAAGUAUUAUAUGUAAAAGGAAAUUUAAUAUGGUUCCAUAAAGAUUUUUUGAUAAAUUAUUGUGGACUGUUUGAAGUAUGUAAUAAUUCGCAUAUAAAAUAAAUCGUUAAUAUUAAUACAAUCACUGCAAUACAGUCGAAAAUAAUAACCAUGUAAGUCUAUAAAAGAUAAUUAAUACCAUAGUUGUACCUAAUUGUUACUUUCUAUUUGCUAGAUAGAAUAAUCAAAUUAGAUUAUUUGAGAAAUUCAAAGUCAAAUUGUGUGAUCUGCGGCCGCGGACGUUCUCCGUGUAUGUUUAAUAUAAAUAACAAGUAAAUUGUUGUCUAAAAGUUAUGUCAGUACAAACUGUGUUGGUGGAUGUGGUAUGUUUGUAGUAAACACGGAUACAUGUAUAAUAAUCAUAACUAGCGGUGGCAUUCACAUCAACCAGCAUUGAUUUGUAAUAUUGUAGAUAUGUCACGAUUAACGUUAUAAAUGCACCUUUUGUUUUUUUCAUACUUCAACUAGAAGGGAUGCUAUAUCAAUUGCGAAGGCUUCUGGUGUGUAGAAUGGCAAGCGAGAAGCCUACUAGCGCGGCGCAGUCAGCCGCCGGACCGGUGACUCGUGGCUGUAUCGCCCUAUAGUUAAUUUAAAUUAUAAUUUGAAAUUUCGCUUACUAAGUAAGUCAUGUUCAGUCGGUGGGCUUGUGGACGCUCGAGGAAGUUUUUCAAACAUAUUAUUAACUUUAUGUAUAAUAAAUACAUGAUGCUUUGAAACUGAAUUGAAUUCUUAUUGUAAGUAUAAAAAUAAAUAUUAAUAUUCUUAGAAACAGUUCUCAGUGUUUAUUUUUUUCUGUAAGAGAUGUACGGUAAAAUUUUGCAUACGCAAUUCGAGUUAUAUUCAGUUAAGGUCACAACCUAUCGGAAAAUCGAAAAAAUUGUUAACUCAUAAUUACAUAAAUAAAGCUUACUAUAA